UCGGAGCAGCGCGAGACACACGGUGCCAGCACGGGCACGGGAAUACACCGCCGCCCCGCUCUACACACGACUCAACACACACACACCGUACACACACGCGCGCGCACACUCUACUCUCUACACGCACUGUGCACUGCGCGCGGACAGGACCGAGACCGGGCGGAUGAAGAGCGGUAGGCGCGCGCAGACCGGGGCGCAUGAUGUUGGGAUGGUGCCGCUGGAUUUCGGCUCGCGGACAGCAGCAGCAGGAGAAGAGUGAAGCGCGCGCUCCCAGCUCCCCGUCUCCCCGCGUGGACUAUGGCCGCGGAGCCGCGAGACCCUCCCCCGGACUACGAGCGCGCGCCUCCGUCUAACGACCCACGGCAGCCCCGCGCGGACACCCGCCGCCACGCCGCGCUCGCACUCAACCACUUCAACAAGGGGAAAGCUGCGGGGCAGAGAGCGCCGGUGUGGAUCCGGGCCAGGUUCCAGGCUCUGCUCUUUACUCUGGGUUGCCAUAUCCAGCGACACUGCGGAAAAGUACUGUUCAUUGGGCUGCUGGUGUUCGGCGCUCUAUCGGUCGGACUGCGAGUCGCCGCCAUCGAGACGGAUAUCGAGCAGCUGUGGGUGGAAGCCGGCAGUCGAGUGAGUCGGGAGCUGAGAUAUACGAAGGAGAAGCAGGGCGAGGAGACGGUGUUCACCUCUCAGAUGCUCAUUCAGACGCCCAAACAGGAAGGAACCAAUAUUCUUACCCAGGAGGCUUUGCUGCUCCACCUGGAGGCGGCGCUGUCGGCCAGUAAAGUCCAGGUGUCUCUUUAUGGAAAAUCCUGGGACCUCAACAAAAUCUGCUUCAAGUCUGGAGUCCCUAUUAUCGAGAACGUCAUGAUCGAAAGGAUGAUCGAUAAGCUUUUCCCCUGUAUGAUCGUCACUCCGCUGGACUGUUUCUGGGAGGGAUCUAAACUGCAGGGAGGAUCUGCGUAUUUACCGGGGAUGCCUGAUAUUCAGUGGAUGAAUCUGGACCCUCUGAAGCUGAUGGAGCAGCUGAGCCAGUUCACCUCUCUGGAGGGCUUCAGGGAGAUGCUGGAUAAAGCUCAGGUGGGCCACGCCUACAUGAACCGACCCUGUCUGGACCCGAACGACCCAGACUGCCCCCACAGCGCCCCCAACAAAGACCUGCGGCAGAGUCCUGAAAUCGCUGAGGAGCUGCAGGGCGGCUGCAGCGGCUUCUCUAAGAAGUUCAUGCACUGGCAGGAAGAGCUGAUCCUGGGAGAACGAGCAAAAAACUCACAGGGAUCUUUACAAAGCGCUGAGGCCCUGCAGACCAUGUUUCUCCUCAUGAGCCCGAAGCAGCUGUACGAACACUUUAAAGACGACUACGAGAUCCACGACAUCAACUGGAACGAGGACAAGGCCACCGCCAUCCUGGAGUCCUGGCAGAGGAAGUUCGUGGAGGUGGUCCACAGCAGCAUUCCUCAGAACUCCUCCUCCAACGUCUACGCCUUCUCCACCACCACCCUCAACGACAUCAUGAAGUCUUUCUCUGACGUCAGCGUCAUCAGGGUGGCCGGCGGUUACCUGCUCAUGCUGGCGUACGCCUGUGUUACGAUGCUGCGCUGGGACUGUGCUAAGAGUCAGGGUGCGGUUGGUCUGGCCGGGGUCCUGCUGGUGGCGCUCUCCGUUGCUGCCGGUUUGGGACUGUGUUCUCUUCUCGGGCUUUCUUUCAAUGCUGCCACCACACAGGUGCUGCCGUUCCUGGCGUUGGGGAUCGGGGUGGACGACAUGUUUCUUCUGGCUCAUUCCUUCACCCAGGCCGGAUCCAACAUCCCCUUCAAGGAGAGGACUGGUGACUGUUUGAGGAGAACCGGCACCAGCGUGGCUCUCACCUCCAUUAACAACAUGAUUGCUUUUUUCAUGGCGGCACUGGUGCCCAUUCCCGCCCUGAGGGCGUUCUCUCUGCAGGCUGCUGUCGUGGUGGUGUUUAAUUUUGCAAUGGUUCUGCUCAUCUUCCCUGCCAUCCUCAGUCUGGACUUGCACAGGCGUGAGGACAAAAGGCUGGACAUUCUGUGCUGCUUUUACAGCCCCUGCUCCUCUCGAGUGAUCCAGAUCCAGCCUCAGGAGUUCUCCGACUCUAAUGACAACCACCCACCGCCUCGCUCCCACGCCCCGGCCACGCCCACCUUCCCCGUCUCCACCACCAUCACCACCAGCACGCACAUCACCACCACGGUGCAGGCCUUCACGCAGUGCGACGCUGCCGGCCAGCACAUCGUCACCAUCCUGCCCCCGACCUCACAGAUCUCCACCAGCCCUGGACCCCCGCCCCCCUCAUCCACCUCCUCCACCGACCCGUAUGGCUCGCGCCUCUUCACCCCCUCCAGCUCCACCCGGGACCUGUUGUCACAGGCCGAGGAGUCCCGCUCGGUCCGAGAGUGCGCCCCCCUGCCCUUCCUUCACUGGGACCUGGCUCGCUUCGCCCGGAACAGGUACGCCCCCCUGCUGCUGAAGCCUGAGACUAAGACGGCAGUAGUGGUGGCGUUCGUGGCUCUGCUUGGCCUCAGCCUCUACGGCACCACCAUGGUCCGCGACGGGCUCUACCUAACGGACAUAGUGCCCCGAGACACAAAGGAGUACGAUUUUAUCUCAGCGCAGUUUAAAUACUUCUCCUUCUACAACAUGUACUUGGUCACUAUGGACGGCUUCGACUAUGCGCGCUCCCAGCGGGAACUGCUGCAGCUCCACAAUGCCUUCAACUCCGUCAAGUACGUGGUGAGGGACAGCGAUCAGAAGCUGCCGCGCAUGUGGCUCCACUACUUCCAGGACUGGCUGCGAGGACUUCAGGUAUCUUUUGAUGCUGACUGGGAAUCAGGCAGGAUCACCCCUGACAGCUUCCGCAACGGCACCGAGGACGGAGCUCUAGCCUACAAACUGCUCAUUCAGACCGGCUCCAAGAAAGAGCUCUUCAACUACAGCCAGCUGACGUCCCGGCGCCUGGUGGACGAUGAUGGCAUGAUCCCUCCCGAGGUCUUCUACAUCUAUCUGACCGUGUGGGUCAGUAACGACCCGCUGGGUUACGCCGCCUCUCAGGCUAACUUCUACCCCCACCCUCACGAGUGGAUUCACGACAAGUACGACACCACAGGCGAGAAUCUGCGAAUUCCUGCCGCUGAGCCUUUGGAAUUUGCCCAGUUCCCCUUCUACCUAAACGGUCUCCGCCAAGCGUCUGACUUCAUCGAGGCCAUUGAGAGCGUUCGCUCCGUUUGCGAGGAGUUCAUGCGCAAGGGCAUCCAGAACUACCCUAACGGCUACCCGUUUCUCUUCUGGGAACAGUACAUCGGCCUGCGCCACUGGUUCCUGCUGUCCAUCAGCGUGGUGCUCGCCUGCACCUUCUUGGUGUGCGCCGUCCUGCUGCUCAAUCCGUGGACUGCAGGCAUCAUAGUUUUUAUCUUGGCGAUGAUGACAGUAGAGUUGUUUGGCAUCAUGGGACUUAUUGGUAUCAAGCUGAGUGCCAUCCCUGUGGUUAUCCUUAUUGCCUCUGUUGGAAUUGGAGUGGAGUUCACAGUACACGUUGCACUGGGUUUCUUGACCGCCAUUGGGGACAGGAACACGCGUUCCGUUGCGGCUCUGGAGCACAUGUUUGCUCCGGUGAUGGACGGCGCUAUUUCCACUUUUCUUGGGGUGCUCAUGCUUGCCGGGUCCGAGUUUGACUUCAUUAUGAGGUACUUUUUUGCAGUUCUGGCCAUCCUGACCUUGUUGGGAAUCCUGAACGGCUUGGUGCUGCUGCCGGUUCUCCUGUCUAUCAUGGGUCCUCCAGCAGAGGGCAGCAAUGGCAGCGACGGCAACUGCCUGUCCAGCUCCUCACCCGAGCUCACGCCUCCAACAAUGAACCACCACGGAUACUACGCAGGACACGUCCCCAGAGGACGACGCCAGGCCUUUACUGAGGUCUCGGAUUCUGAGUACUACUCUGAGACAACCACCUCAUCUGGGAUUGGGGAAGAAGACCACAAGCACUACGACAGGAGCGCAUACAUAACUCCACCCCCCCAACCCCCCACCUCCCACAUCCUGCUGGAGGCCAGCAAGAACCCUACAUUUCCUAAACUUACAGUAGUGAAACCGUUCAGCGAAAGGUCGGCCGCAGGUUGUCAGAUGGAUCAAGCCGGCGAGUCGAUGCAGAACGCAGUGAACUCCAUUAGUUCACAGAUCACGCGGUGGGACGGCAAGCAAGAGUACCAAGGGUCAAGGACUCAGUAUUUACCCAGCGAUAGGACCCACUGUCCUGGGAGGACUACUCACUGUGGCCCCAGUAGAGGGCCACAGCAGAACAGGACUACAGCGCCGGGCCAUGCCGCCAACACGGUCACUAUGGUCACGGCCACCGCCUCGGUGACGGUGGCGGUUCACCCCAGUCUGCCGGGGUCCUAUCAGGGUUACAUGCACGAGGGCUUUGAGGACAGCGAGUCGGACUCUUUCAAGGACAUUAAGAGGACUUCCCGAACUUACGCUGCUCAGUCGUCCCACAGAGACUCUUUGGAAAUUCAUGAUUUGGAAUCGCUAGAAAAGAACCAGCAUCAAGCUAACCAGGGUCUAGGUGGUUCACGGAUUCAAGCCGCCAAAGAUUGCUAGACUCCCUCAUACCCUCGUCUGGAAUCUGUCUCUGGAUGUUUUGAGACAUUCACAGCCGACCCUGUGUCUCCGAACUGUACAUAGACCUCACAGAUGAGAGGAUUUAUUUUAAAAGAUAUUAAAAAUGUUGUUUUAAGAUUAUAUAUACAUUUAUAAAUAUAUAUUUUAAUACUAAAAAGAGGGAAAAUUAUUUAAAAGAGUACUGUAUAACUUGUUUUCUCUUAUGUAAAGUCAGAGGUAUACGAGGAAUCGGAGGCUUUUAUUCCUCCUUUGUAUAGAUUAAGAAAUGUUCUAUAUGUAAAAAAUAUCAGAUGUGAAAUGGUAUUAGGUUAUUAAAAAUGAAAGGUCAGUGUUCUUUUUUUUCUGCUGCUACACAUCAGAUUUGAAAUGAUUUACCUUGGAAAUAUGCAGUACCCCCUCCUCAACGUCAAGCAGCAGCCUUAGAGUACCACGCUCUACAGUACUACGCUCUACAGUACUACGCUCUACAGUACCACGCUCUACAGUACCACGCUCUACAGUACUACGCUCUACAGUACCACGCUCUACAGUACCACGCUCUACAGUACUACGCUCUACAGUACUACGCUCUACAGUACCACGCUCUACAGUACUACGCUCUACAGUACUACGCUCUACAGUACCACGCUCUACAGUACCAUGCUCUACAGUACCACGCUCUACAGUACUACGCUCUACAGUACCAUGCUCUACAGUACCACGCUCUACAGUACUACAGUUUCACACUACAGCUACAUCCAGUUUAUUGUCAGUGUCUUUAUUUCCAGUUGAACUGUAAUAUAAUCUUCAGAUUUAACAAGAUUUUAUUUUCUUUUACACUGCAAAGUGUAUUUUUCUUUUAAAAUACUUUUAAAAAGUCCUUUUUAUACUUUAAUGUAUUUAAGGUGGACCGUUGUGCCUUGCCACGCUACACUGUUGAUUUUCUUCAGAAAGAACACAUUUCCUUGGUCCGUUUCUCCAGCUUUUAUUUUGUAAUCCAGUAGAACAUGCAGUGUGUGAAACUGUGGGGUCAAAUAAGGCUAUUGUUGUUGUCCGAGUCAUUUGCAGUGUGCAUAUUUUAAUUAAUACUUGAAGCGUUGAGAUGCAGAUUUUUUCUUUAUGGUUAUUAUAUAAAUAUAUAGUUUCACGUUUUUUUUGGUGCUCGGUUUGUCAGUAAUUGGCAAAUAAGCUCUUUACCCGAAAUGUGUCUCAGAAAGGGAAAUGAAUUAUUUAAGAGUAAAGGGAGGUAAUAUUGUUGAGGUUGUGUAUCGAUGGUGUUUAGGAUGAUAACACACACAGAGCUAUUAAAAACAGAGCGCCGUACGGCGGUGGUAUAGAGGGCGCCCCUGGAGGUUGCUCGAGUCAGGCCAGUGUACUUUCUUUUAAAGCCAGUAUUUCUUUCCAUUCUCUGCGUUUAUCUCUCAGACGAGGUUUCAGGGGUUCAGUACUGGUCUAAACACUGCCGGGUUAAACCCAGGGAAUCGUACCAGAUUUAAGUGGCAGCUUCACGUUUCUUUCUCUUUAUUUUGUGACGGAAACAAAACGACACAAAGCUACUGAAUCUACACACAAUCCACACAAAACACCAACAACACAGUCCAGCAGUGCCUCAACACAGUUUAAUACAGCAGAGAUUACAGUGUUGGGGGGGGGGGGGUCCUGCAUAGGGUUGUAGUCCUAUUUCAGAUGUAUGUCAUGCCAUAUGUAUUAUUUAUAUAAAAUUUUAUUUUUGUAGUUUGUACAGAUGUUAGUCGCUAGACUGAAGUUAUAUUUUUAAAGAGUAAAUAUAUUAUAAAUGCAAAUAUAUAUAUAAUUAUAUCUAUUUGUUGCUGAGUUGUUUUUUUUUUGGUGGGGGGGGGAUGAGUGAAUAUCAGUGUGGAAAAUGAAGGAGGGGUGUGUGGCACGGCCGUCCACCUUGUGUAGAUUUCCUUGCCUUUCCUUCUUUGUGUAAAAAUUUGAAGAAUUUUUCUUGUGUUUUUUGUCAUUGUCUAAAACACUGUGACUCAAGAAAAACGAUGUGCAAGAAAAAAAGAACACGCGCUCACGUCGCUGCGUGACCAUCAUUUUCCUUCACCCAUAAUAGGAAUUCAACUAACAAAAUAAACGGUCAAAAAUCAA